AUGUUGGAAAUAGAGUCUCGGAUUUAUAAGGAAAAUGAUUAUGUGACCCUUGAGAUUAAUUCUAUGAGUGAUGAUGAUCAUGUCCAUGAAGAUGUUGAGGUUGAUAUUAUUGUAGCUCAUGUUGGUGUUGUUACUAACCUUAAUGAGAAAAGAAAAUUUGCAUCAAAAGGAAAGAAGGAUCAUGCAGUAGAAGACGUGGAGGAAUAUGUUGAGAUAUUGUGUGAAAACUUGGAGAUUGAGGUUAAGAAUGAUCGUAUUCCUCAUGGGUUACAAAGUUUCAAUUAUAAGUUAUUUGUUGGGAAAGAUGUCUCAGGCAUUGUGUCCAACAUUUGUGCACCUGUUGAUAUAACUAAUAUGAUGCUUGUUGGUUUGGUUGGUUGUUGCUCCUUUCAAGCUUGUGUUAUGGAUCCUGAAGCUUGUUGUUUUGUUUAUACCUUUGCAAGAUUAGAGGAAAAAGGAGCAACCACCUUGCAUGAUAUGUGA